UCCUCCACCUCCUACUUAGUUUUUAUCGCCAUCAAUCUCUUUCUUUAACUAAAACUAGAUUAUGGAUGACUCUGCCACUGGUCACCAUCCCCAAGACCAUUUUACAGACAUCCACGAUGACACCAAUACUAAUAAUACUCACCCACACCUCCAUUCCACUAAUUCACCUCCUCCUCCUCCUCCUCCUCCUCCCCCUCCUCCCACCACCACCAUAGACAGUCCACCCUCUCUUAGCAGAAAAGGUAAAGGAAAAGGAGGACCGGAUAACAGCAAGUUUAAGUACAGAGGUGUUAGACAACGUAGCUGGGGCAAAUGGGUCGCCGAGAUCCGUGAGCCACGUAAACGCACGCGCCGCUGGCUUGGCACCUUUUCAACCGCUGAAGAUGCUGCACGCGCCUACGACCGUGCUGCCGUUAUACUCUACGGUCCAAGAGCUCAACUCAACCUCCAGCAACCUUGCACUGACGGUAGCACCACCACGUCUGCUUCCUCUUCACACUCUUCUUCUUCCUCCUCUUCCCGCGGUGGAAGUGGCAGCUCCUCUUCCUCCACCACUCAAACUCUCCGACCAAUACUCCCACGCCCCGCAAGUUUCAGUCUCACCUUUUCCAAUCCUCAUGCGCCACUAUCCAUCCCUGCUUAUGGGAAUUACUUGCCUUACAGAUUAAUCUACCCAACCCUAAAUCAUAGCACAAACGACAUCGAAAGUAGUGGUACUGCUAAUCUAAUACAAUACCCACUACACGUUGUGAAGCAGCAACAAGCGUACUUGCCCUACAACAGCAUGGACAACAUCAAAGUACCCAAGAGUGAGGACCCCACUUUUCGAGGGAUACCAGGGUUCACAUCUUAUGAUCCAAACCCUAACCCUAACCCUAGAAGCAAUUGGAUAAGUGAAAAAUCCCAACAACAGUUGCAACAAUGCCAAGAUUAUAGAGGGAAUAGUUCUGAGAAGGAUGAUGAUGAGAUUAAAGCGUUGGUGGGUUCAGUGGGAUCAAGCGUUUCACUUGUAUCGAGCUCUUCGCCACCUAUGGCGGUCGCAGAAACAGUGUCAGAUCCAACGGUUGUUGGCGGUCCAUCGUCUCCAAUUUGGUCGUACACACACGACGAUGAGUAUCCACCACCUAGUAUUUGGGAUUACGGCGAUCCAUCGUUUGAUUUUUGAAGGGUUUUUUUCGUGAGAAAAAUACAUUUGAUCAUCUUGCAUGCAUGAGAAUCUACGAUCUUAAAAUUCAGAUUUGGGAAUCAACAAAAGAUGAUCGAAGAUCUUGACUGAGCAUAUAUGAAGCUCGUGUAUGAAGAUUCGUUUUUGUUCCAGAUCUCGUUUCCAUGCAACCAACAUAAUGAUUACUAGAACUACACAUGAGGGCCGUUAUAUUUGCGGUAAACCCAAAUCCAGUCAGACAAGUUCGGUUUUUGGCUUACUAAAUCCAUUAGGUUGGGUUUUUGAAUGGAUUGGGUCUUCGUUUUUUUUUAUUGGUUUUUUGUUUCGAACUUAUGUGUUGAUAGGGUUCUUGUUGGUGAUUUUGUAUCAUCAAUUUGUAUUCAAGUGUAAUGGAUUGACUUCAGUGGCGGAUCUUAGUGGUGCCCUAGGGGUCCCGGGCCACUACUCCGAUGCCGGCAUGUAGUGUAAAUUUUUUUUUAAUGUUUUUUC